AUGUCUCUCUGUCUGUCGUGGGAUAACCACAGACUUCGACAACUUGAGAAAGAUGUAGUUUCACUGGAGUCUUCUCGUAAUAAAUCCACUUCCCAUGCAGACUUUGUUGAAGCAAAAAGCAUUAUUACAACAUUCAAUACAACCCUAUCUAAUGAUCUCAACAAUGCCCAAAACAGGAAGUUCCUUCGGGAUGGUGUUCCAGCAACAAACAGAACUAGGUCUAAUAUGUUGUCAUCUCGUCCUUCUGCUAAAAAACAGCGCUCUAGACGCUUCAAGCGCAAGAAGCAAACAAGUGAAGACGAGUCCUUGGUCGAUACCAACACCUGCCCAGUUCUGAACACAUCUAAGGUUCCUCUCACAGACGUUGAGACUUCGCUACUAUCUAAAGGUCUCAAUUUCUGUCCAACACCGCAUGAGGUCGAUGACAAAAAGGUUAGAGAGGACACCAGAGCAUUUUUCCGAAGGCUAAGAUUAAAGGAACACUUCUCGCGAAAAAAAUCCAGCAAUGAUCACACAGACGAACCUCCUCCGCCCUUGCACGACUUAGAGGAACAUAAGUUGUACCGACCCAAAAGUACUUGGGAACCGGCACCGGGCAAAUGUGAAGCACUUGAGUCUUACAUUGAUGCUGUUGAGUCAGACAUUGAGGAGCUCCUGACCAACCAAAAAAUCGUCCCUGACAAUCUGACGAAAGAAGAGAGAUCUGCUCUACAAAGGUUGAAAAACAGAGACGACAUAGUCAUAAAGAAAGCAGACAAAGGAUCCACAGUGGUUGUCCUAGACAAACAAGCGUAUUUAGCUGAAGCCAACAGACAGCUGACAGACGAUCGUUUUUACAAGAAACUGGACUCUGAUCCUACUGAAGAGUUUUCAGCUCUCAUCACUAACACCCUGGACAAAAUGUAUGAAAAUGAUGAGAUUGGUGUUAAUGUUUAUGAAACGCUUCGCCCAACCAACUGUGGACCAGGUCAAUUUUAUAUGCUUCUAAAAAUCCACAAGGAAGGAAUGCCUGGGCGCCCUAUAGUCAGUGCCAUCGGCCACCCCACGGAGAAAAUAUCUGAAUUUAUAGAUUUACAUCUCCGUCCACAUGUAGAAGAUUUGCCAUCAUACCUCAAGGACACUACAGAUUACCUGAAUAAAACACCUUCCUCUGGCCUGCCAGACCAUACUCUUCUCGUUACAAUGGACGUCACGUCCUUGUACACGAAUAUUCCUCACGAUGAAGGUAUCGAGGCCUGCAGGGAGGUAUGGGACAGUAGAACGAUUCAGCAGCCGUCAACGGAAUCUCUACACAAGCUCCUUGAACAUGUUCUUAAGCUGAACAAUUAA